GGCUGUCUGCCCAAGAGAAGGGACAAUGAGAUCUUAAAAGCCCAACAUUUUUGCAGAUACAUUCUACUGGGUGAAAAAUCCACUUGCUUUAAGCCAAGUAAUGCCACAACUGAUGAAAGUGAUGAUGCCCACAAUGCAGGCACAUGCGGAGAAGGGAAGGAUGGAGCACCAGACAGCAGGUCGUAAGGAGCAGGAGUGGCUGAGUGCAGGAGCAAAGGAACAGGAAUACUUCUCAGAUCGACAUAAAAGAUUACUUUGGCAUCUACAGUCAAAACAAGCUAAAGGCCAGCAUAUGUCCAAGAAGGAGCUGAAUUCAUUAAAGUGGCUGAAGAAGCGGCAGCGGAGAGCAACCCAGAUGGAACGACAGAAGUUGCAAGUACAGGAGCAGCGAAGUACUCGGAGCAGAAAGGACCAGCGUCAAAGUGAGGAGAGGAGAGGAAUGAAGCGAGGGAGCAGGGAGCGAUACCUUCCAGACCAAAGGAAAGUUUCCAAACAGUCACCAAGUCGGCAGGUGGCGAGAUUAGAACGGGUUGGGGGGCAGCAGCGGAAAAGGCGUGAUAGUGGCCGAGAGGAGCAGCAGCCAGUUGAAGAUGGACAAUCUGAGGCAAGACACAGCAAGUCUCACCAGUUGGCCGUUGAUGUCGAGAAAAUGCUGCUGCAGAAAGAGUGGGAGCGUCUAGCGGGGGAGAGAAAGGCAUUAGACUACGAGCUGGCUCUGCGAGAGGCAGCCGUCCAGGAACACGUCUUCCAGAUGCAGCACGCUGUCUACACCCACAAGGUCACACGGGAGGUCACACAGGUUACCCAGCAUUCCAAACACCUCCCCCUGGAGGCUGGUACCCAUGGCGACCACAGUGAGCAGCUGAUGUCAGCCAAUCAUGACGUGGAUUACAGACAUGUUCAGGUGACGUCAGAGAGCAGCAGCCUGAGUGGCGACAGGAGCCAUAAGCAUUUCCCAGGAGACCCUCACCUUGAUGACAGAAGUCUACUCCCGUAUGACCACAAGCGUUUACACGGAGAUCCUGUCCUUGACGACAGAAGUCUAAUCCCGUAUGACCAAGACCACGGGCGUUUCCACACAGACCUCCUCCAUGGCGACAGUUCCUUAAUGUGCCCUGAUGACACGGCACCACGCGAUUGGUCACCUGAAAGAGAUGCAAAGAUUCCGUACUACAGGCGGCAGCCCCAGUACGAGGAGGAUUGGCAGGGGAGAAGCUACUCCUUUAAAAGUGAUGAGGAAGAUGAGUUCCUCCAUGAUCCAUACAGGAGAGAUGCUUUAGCAGACCGAUAUGGAGAACCGUACAGACCCAAGCAGGCUGUAGGAAGUUACAGAGAUGACCCACCCUUCCUUGUGCCUGGGUCACUGCCCUACGAUAACUCUGUCUUUUCAGCUGAACCUCCCCCAGACAUACGUGAUGCUCCGUACAUCAGGAACGAUAGAAGGCAGGAACAGACACUCCGACAAGCCAGUCACGUUGACUUCGUCAGGAGUUUGCAACCGGGCCAGAGUCCUUACUAUGACCUAGACGAAUUUGGUUGGCCGGUUGCCCCUUCACCACAUGAAGGGUAUAAGAGUCCACCUGUCGUCCCAGGUUUCCAUGGCAACCUUCGCCAUGGCAACCGUCAGUCUCAAGGCCACAGCCAAAUGCCCGGCAAGAUGAAGAACAAAGCAGGCAAAAGGAAUAAAAGUCGCAGAGAUCAACAUAGAAAUCCCAGAUCCAACAGUCAGAGUUGGGGCAGAGAUCCAAGAUCCAACAGUCAGAAUCAGGGGAGAGAUCCAAGAUCCAACAGUCAGGGUAGAGAUCACAGAUCCAGCAGUCAGAGUUUCGAUAGAGAUCACAGAUCCAACAGUCAGAGUUUUGACACAAAUCAAAGGUCCAACAACCGAAGAGAAGAUCAGAGAUCCAGCAGUGAAAGCCAAUGGGAAAGAAAUAACAGAUCCAGCAGAAGAGGCCAGGGUAGGGAUCACAGAUCCAGAAGCCAGAGUCGGGGUAGAGAUUCCAGAUCCAACAGUCAGAGUCAGGGGAGAGAUUCCAGAUCCAACAGUCAGAGUCAGAGUAGAGAUUCCAGAUCCAACAGCCAGAGUCAGGGUAGAGAUUCCAGAUCCAACAGUCAGGGCCAGGGUAUCAGUGGUGAUCACAGUUCCAUUAGUCAGAGGCAGGGAGGUCACAGAUUCACUCAGAGUUUUGAUCCUGGUCAGUCAAGGGAUCGUUCUCAAUACAACUCGCAGCCCGGCCAAAACAACAUCCAACAAAAACCAGCACAAACUGGCAGAAACAGCCAAAACAGUGCAAAGCGACAGAGAAGCGGCAGUCCAAGUCCCAGAGGAACCAAAAAGGGGCCAGGAGAGAUGGGAGCCCCCAAAUGUCCCCCCAAACAACAGCAGACUGUAGAUACCCAGAUGUGGCCCCUACAGGCCCCUGGUACUGUGAUGCAGCAAAAUGUUCAAAUCCCAAACAGCCAGGCCAUGCAGUCUCAGGACUUUGGUCUAAUCCAGGACAACCAGACCAUGCAGUCUCAGGACUUUGGUCAAAUCCAGGACAACCAGACCAUGCAGUCUCAGGACUUUGGUCAAAUCCAGGACAACCAGACCAUGCAGUCUCAGGACUUUGGUCAAAUCCAGGACAACCAGACCAUGCAGUCUCAGGACUUUGGUCAAAUCCAGGACAACCAGACCAUGCAGUCUCAGGACUUUGGUCAAAUCCAGGACAACCAGACCAUGCAGUCUCAGGACUUUGGUCAAAUCCAGGACAACCAGACCAUGCAGUCUCAGGACUUUGGUCAAAUCCAGGAUAACCAGACCAUGCAGUCUCAAGUCUUUGGUCAACUCCCAACCAAAGAGGCCACCAGACCACAAGAGAUAAGCCAAAGAGUCCAAUCCUCUUGGCAUGAUGACUGUUUGGAAGGAGACUUCUUAGACUUUGGGAAGGAAAGUGCUGUCUCUUUCCAAGGCAGCAUCCAGCAGACUGUUCUGCCAGCUGCUUCUGCCACACGAGAGACCAGCACCUUUUCUGGUGGGGAUGUCGGACUCCUUUCCCCCACUGGGAAGACAACUGAUAGGCCAGAAUCAGAGCAAGUGGCAUGCCUGCCCCCCGUGGUGAUUCCCCCUGGUUUGAGCUUCACAGAGAAACUGCUUGUCGUGGUAGAAACCUUCGGCCCCAUCACAAAGCAGGAAGUGCAGAAAAGACUCCCCAAGUUUGAGUUGGAGGUGAAGAAAGAGGUAGUAAACAGGAGGAGGACCUACGAUGAUCUACUGAUAGACCAAUUGGGCGACAGCAUUCCAGAACAACAUCGCUGGAAGCUCAAGUUGCUGCGCAGAAUCAUUGUUGACACCAUGUCCCAGACAACCCCAGAAGGAAGAGAAAAAGUCUCGUGGCUGUGCCACCAGUUGUUGCCCCAGGAGGGGAUAGAACUCACAGAUGAGGUUUUGAAAGCGCUGAUGGCUAAGAGAAUGUUGGUGAAUCCGCUCCUGAAGCCGAUGGUCAUUACAGGAAUGGGAGCAGGGAUAGGGACUACAGCUAAGAGAAGCAGGAAGUCAGUGGUUACGGCCUACCUGCAGCAGCAGGGCAUACGUCCCACCGAGGAGACGGUUCGUGACAUAGUGCAGAAUGAGCAGAUGGUAGACAAGAUCUUGAAAACACUAGGCCAUCAACAACAGCUCUUUGGGGCAGAGGCAGAGGCAUCACAGGACACACACCAGGGCGCAGGUGUGUCACAGGGCACACACAAGGACACACUACUGGGUGCAACAGUAAACACAGCUGUAAGUCAGGCAGGUAUUCUGCCCUCUGAAGGAAAUGCAGCUUUGUCCUCAAACAGGGAAUCACAGCCACUGCCCUGUUUGUCCUCAGAAAGAACUGGGCCUGAGUGCAUGCCAAACGAAGAAAAAGGAGGAAACACAGCUUUGUCCUCAAACCGGGAAUCACAGUCACUGCCUGGUCCGUCCUCAGAAAGAAAAGGGCCCAAAAAAGGGCCUAGGCGGAUGCCAAACGAAGAAAGAGGAGGAACCUUAAUCUUAACGCCAUUUGCUCAAAAGUUGGCUGCUUUUGUGGAAAAAACUUACGGGAAAGAAAAGAAGAUAAAGAUUGUCAACAGGAUCAACACGUUUGAAGAGGAGCUGAAGGGAAACGCUGAAUUUUUCUGGAAACGCGGACAGAAUAACGACAAGAUGAUCGAGCAGCUUGCAGAGCGCCUGCAACUACCUCAUGGGUCUGUCUGGAAACUCCAACUCUUACGGAGAGUUAGCGUAGACUGUCUGCCCAAGAAAACCGUGCCCGCGAGGGAAAGAAUCCUGGAGAUGUGCCAGCAUGUUCUGUUUGAUGAAGGUAUCAAGGUUACAGAUGAGAUUUUCAAAGUCAUCCUUGCAAUAGUACCGAGACACCUUCAGGGAUCUUUGGCGACGACGACUAGAGACCCAACAUCAUCUGUGGCAAGCAUUCGGGAAUCUUCGGGAUUGACGUCUGGAAAACCGACAUCAUUUGUGGAGAAUCUUCGGGAAUCUUCAGGAAUGACGUCUGGAAACCCAACACCGUUUGUGGAGAACCUUCGAGAAUCUUCAGGAAUGACGACUGGAUACCCGAUACCGUUUGCGGAAGAGACGCUCGAGAUUGUACCAAGUACCUCCACAGGGGGUAACAUGGCUUUGCCCUCUAAUAGGGAACCACAGUCACUGCCCAGUUCAUCCUUACAAGGACCUAUUUAUGAUGGGCCGAUGCCAAAAGAAUUAAGAGGAGGAACUUUAAUCUUAACGCCAUUUGCUCAGAAGUUGGUUGCUUUUGUGAAAAAAACUUACGGGAAGAAGAUAGAAACAAGGGUUGUCGAUAGGAUCAACACGUUUGAAGAGGAGCGGAAGGGGAACCCUGAUUUUUUCUGGACACGCAUACAGAAUAACGACAUGGUAAUCAAACAGAUAGCAGAGCGCAGGAAUUUACCUCCUGAGUCUUUCUGGAAACUCCAACUCUUACGAAGAGUCACGAUGGACUGUCUGCCCAAGACAAACCUGCCGCAGAGAGUCCUUCAGAUGUGUCAGCAUCUUCUGUUCAACGAAGGUGUAGCGGUUACGGAUGAGAUUUUCAAAGUCAUUGUCACCAGAAUAUCGAAAAACCCUCAGCCACCGACACCAUUUGUGGAGAACCUCCAGGAUUCUUCGGCAAUGACGACUGGAUACUCGAUACCGUUUGUGAAGGGAGAGAUGCUCCGGACGGUACCAAGUACUUCCACAGGGGGGCAGUCUUCAAGUACCUCCACAGGGGGGCAGUCUUCUGUGCCGAACACCCAUAGCCAGACAUUAGAGCAGGUUUCAGAUAAACAUCAGAUGGUCGUGGCGUACCUGAUGAGCAUGGGUGUGCAUGUGACAACCGAGGCUGUGGAAGGGAUACUGCAGAACCAACAGGCUCUAGACAGCAUCGAGAGGAUCUUCUGGACCCCCAUUCAGGACCGUCAACUGGUGCAGGAGUACCUACAAAUGAUAAACAUCCCCGUCACUCCCGAUGCUGUCAACAAGAUAAUGGAGAAUCCAGAACUGAUGCGGAGGAUUAAGAACACACUCGGGGCCCCAGGGGCUAAUGUCGGGCCCCCGGGGACUAGCCGAGGGGGUCAGUAACAGCCUUUGGUCUCACAGGGCCAACUUAGGAGGGACUCACAGAGCCAGCUGACCUAGGGUAAAUCUUGGAACAUGCUACUUUUGUUGACCAAUUUUGUUACCAGAAAAGGAGAGACAUUAGAUGAAAUACUCUUUAGAUACCACAGGACUUGAGUAAUAUCUCAAUGUGAUCAAUUGUAGUCUCUGAGUGGAACGUUAUGCUUUAAGGAAGGUAGCCCAUUUUUGUCAUGUAGUUUCAUUCUAAGUUUACAUUUUCAGGAUGGUUUGAAUUAUGUUUUGAAGUUCAACAUCAGAUCAAUGUGAAGUUAUGUUGUCUGGACUUCAAGGAAAUAUUAAGAACUAGUGAUAUAUUUUGUUCUGUACUUUUCACUUCUGUCACUAAUCUGCUGUUACUAGGACUUUCAAUGAGAAGUAGAUUUAUAUAUAGAAUGAGAUGUACGUAUUCUUGAAUCGGUUUAUAUAUGACUACAAAAAUGAGGCUGCCAGAUUUUGUUUCAAUUUAUUUUUACUUAGUUUGCAUUACAGUUCGAAUUUUGCAUUUAAUACUUUACAGAUAUGUUAUGCGAGAUGUAAAAACAUUUACAAACCAGUUUUCAAUGAAGAUUUGGCACUCAUGAUGUCAAAGACAUGCUGAUUCUUGUUGCUAGAUUGGAAUAGAUUUGUUGUAAAAAGGCAUUAAAGUCACAGAGAAAGUAAA